UGGAGUCACACUCUCAACAGGACCAACCUAGAAGCAGCAGUUCGCCUGUGAGGGCAUUCCGAGGAUUCCUUGCGCUCUUUCCUCUCCACCUGUCCAACAGGUGUAGCCUGCUGCCGCACUCUGAGGCCGAAGGGGGUAAGGCGGCUCUGAGAGGGAGACAUUCAUGGUCAUCUAUGGGUGAGUGUCUGCAAAAAGCUUGCCCAUGUCUGGACGUACUAUGGCAGAGGAUUUUCAGCGAAAAAAAGCCUCCUCCUGGAGCAGUUGUGUCCGCACCGGCGCCGUCUACCUCAUCGAGUCCUGUAGCCCCGCCGGACACAGUGCCCGAGAAAGGCUCCGUCUACAGGGCGCUCUGGUCGUUUGAAUCCCGGCACCCGGACGAGCUGUCGUUCCAGGAGGGAGACCUGUUCAAUGUCAUCAACCGCAGCGGAGACUGGUGGACCGCGCGGAAGAUCGAAAAGAACGGGCGCGUCCUGGAGACCGGGAUCGUGCCCAAAAACUACCUGGACCGGGCCGAGUCGCUACAAAUGCAACAGUGGUAUUUUGGUUCAAUGAACCGCUUUGAGGCCCAAGGCCACCUGCUGGGACCAGAAAAUGACCACAGAGCUUUCCUCAUCCGGCAAAGUGAGAAAGACGGUGUUGGAUACGUUCUUUCAGUGAGAUCAAGCAGCCAGGUGAAGCAUUUCAAGGUCCUCAAAACAGAUGAAAGUUUUUUUCACGUGGAAUACAACAAGAAAUUCAGCUCUCUGAUCGACUUGGUGGAGUACUACUGCGCCAACAGCCUGAACAACACCGGCACACUGGGAAACCCGUGCAAGAGGAAAAGGCCCAACACCCAAGAUUUGAAUCAUUUUACAGUGGACGAGUGGGAGCUCCCGAAAGAGGAGUUCACCCUGGAGGAGGAGCUGGGUAGUGGAUACUUCGCUGACGUCUACCGGGGAAGUUGGAAAAAUCACAUUAAUGUCGCCAUCAAGAUCAUAAAAAGUGACUCUGAGUUGAACCACCGAGAAUUUCAGAGGGAAGUUCAGAUUCUGAAGAGUCUACGCCAUCGCCACCUCAUCUCUCUGUUUGCUAUCUGCACGGCCUCAGCCCCUUACUACAUCAUCACUGAGCUGAUGGAGAAAGGCAGCCUGCUCAGUUUCCUCAGAGGUCCAGAGGGGCAGCAUCAAGACAUUGCAUCACUCAUUGACAUGGGUGCCCAGGUGGCUGAUGGGAUGUCAUACCUGGAGGAGCAGAACAGCAUCCACAGAGAUUUGGCUGCUCGAAAUGUCCUGGUGGGGGAGAACUACAUCUGUAAGGUGGCUGACUUUGGACUGGCCCGAGUGAUCAAGGAGCCGUUCUACAUCACAGAAGAUAAAAAGAUUCCCUACAAGUGGAGCGCUCCUGAGGCCAUCAGCCACGGGAAGUUCUCCAACAAGUCAGACGUCUGGUCUUUUGGUGUCUUGCUCUAUGAGAUUUUGACCUAUGGAAGCGCUCCUUACCCAGCCUUCAGCAACCAGGAAACAUACCAGCAGGUUACCAACGGGUACAGGAUGCCAGCUCCGCCCACGUGUCCCUCCUCCCUCUACAAAAUCAUGCUGGAAUGUUGGAGCGCCGAGCCUGCCGACAGGCCAGACUUUAAGUCCCUCAAGCUCAAACUGGACAGCAGUUCCUACGAGAUGGAAUGACCGCCGCCCUCCACAACCUGCAAUACAAACUCAGCACCACAGAGACCGACACAGAGCCGGGAUUGCGACAAUUCUUCACGAGGACUCUUGCUUGUACAAUGUCAGAAUUUUCUGAUUUGUCUUCUGUGAUAACACCUCUUUGGGUUUUGGUCUAUUGGUAGGACAGAAUAAGGGUCAUUUGGGGUUUGUACAUCUGUACAAGAAAAAAUUACUUCAAAAGAUUAAGCAGGUAUUAAAAUAGCUGCUGAUGAAUUUUAUUUCUGAUUGAAUAGUAAGGCCAUGUGUGUUGAGAUUUAAAAUCAACUGAAUGUUUGAAAUGAAUGUGAAAUUUGUGUGUAUGCUUCAUCUUGUCUCUUGUCCCCAUUUAAAGGAAUACUUCACCUCCAAAAGGACUAUUUGGUUAAUCUCCCUGUGUUACCUGGAAUUUGUAAGGAAAACUGUGAAACGUCUUGAUGAAUGGAAGUGAAUUUAACAACAGCAAAACUAUAUAAAAACUCUCACACAACUCGAGCAGUAAUCCUUGUCUCAUUUAUCCAGGUCGAUGCUCACUACUUCCCAAACAGAAUUAAUUGCGUGCCUGAGCAAGUGUGACAUAGUCCUUCCAGAAGUGUUACGUGUUCGAAAAUAUGCAUGGGUUUUGGUAGUGAGCAUACGACUGGAUAAACUAGAUGUAUUGCACAAGUUGUAUGAGAGUUUGUAAACUGAUGUUUUGCUGUUAAACGUGGCACCUAUUUAAGAAUAUUCCUUUCAUUGUGGAGGCAUGCAAGGAAAAACAGUUGGUAACACUGGGUGAGUCAUUGAUUUAGAAAUAGUUAUUUUGUGUGUGACAGUUAAUGCUAAACUAAUUAAAACACCACUUGACAAAACAAUCUAACCUAAAGAUCCAUUUAGUAGCUGCUGUGGAGCUUCCUAUCACUUCACGUGAUCUUCUCCAUCAGAGAGCGAGAGAGAGACUUUGGAGGCCAAAGAUAAACAUUAAAAAUCGAAAUGUGACUACAUGACAACCGGGCUGACACGCAAAAUCUGCUGUUGAAGAUCAUGUGAUCAAAAGCUACGCAAAGGGGGCAACUAAAGGAAACCUGAGCUCAGAUUGUUGUGUCUCUAUUUAAUCUGUGCUUUGUGAAAUCAAAGUAAAGAAACAGCUCCAACUAAUAAUGUUGAGUCACGACAACCUUAAAACAUUUAACGAGAAAUACACCAGCAUUCUUGUACAAAUUACAUUAACAAAUGUCUUAUUUGUUGAUCAACUCAAUACUAUAAGCUGCAA